AUGAGGAGGCACAUAGCCCGUGCACGCGAAGAUCGCAAUAUCGCGGCCAGGGACCACAAGUUUGUCCACUGCUACCCAUCACCUACGCCGAAAGAUGGUAAGACCGGAAAGCCGAGCGCUCCUGCACCCAAAGGUAAGCCUGGAGCUCCUGUACUACCUUCCGGCAAUCCUAAGAGCCAUGGCAAGGGGAAAGGCAAAGGUGGAAAAAGAUCGAGAUCACCUUCCACAAGAGACACAUCGAAGACCUUUUGUCACUUCCACUUCAACAAGGGCAAUUGCAAGCAUGGUGACAAGUGCCAAUACAGUCACUCCCAAUAUCAUUGGGACAAGAGGAAGGACAAAGGUGGCAAAGGUAAGAACAGCAGAUCGGCUACUCCAAGAAGAUUGCAGACCCCUGGUGGAAAGAAGGAUCGACAUUGCUAUGGUUGGUUAAAGGGCGAUUGUCAGAAGGGAGACAAAUGUACCUUCAAGCAUGAUCCAAGCAUGAAGGGCAAGAGGGCGGCGCCUUCUACGAAGACGCCCGACGCCAAAGCUACUCCGGCAUUGAUCCGUGAGUACGAUGAUGACUUCAUCGUGAACGCAGUGCCUGUCGAGAAGAAGAACAAGAUGGAUGUCAAGUUCAAUGACAAGGUGGAAACCAUCGUGUAUGUGAAGCCUGACUUUGAAGUGAUUCCUCAUGUCCCAGGACAAUAUGGUCGUCGUGGCAAUGUCAUGUGCAUCACUAUGCCGAUCGAGCUCAAGGACCGACGUUUCAUCAUGGACUCUGGCAGCGGUCAUGACCUUAUCUCAUCUACUAGAGUGGAUAGGAUGGACAUUGACACCUACCAGAGCGACCGUGUUAACUUCCACACUGCAAAUGGCAUCACAUCAACAACUACGAUGGUGGAUUUGGAUUUCGACACGUUCAAUGAUCCUGCAAGGGCUCAUGUGUUGGAGGAUGCCCCAUCUGUUUUGUCAUUGGGAAAACGAUGCAUGGAGCAAGGCUACACCUUUGUAUGGCCUAGCGGAAGAGAACCCUACAUGAUCAACUCUGAGGGUGGCAAGAUCAAGAUGGAAGACUACAGGCCAUCGUCAGACUACGAGGCCGAGUUAGUGAUGAAAGUGUUGGGUCUCAGUGGCAACAACCAUGCAUCAAGGAAGACGAGAAAGAAGAAGCGUUCCAAACGAAAGACGACUCCGGCAGAAGAAGAGUUCCACCGCCUUAUGGAGGAAAUGGACAUCAAACUCGACAAAGAGAAAGCUGACGAUGCAGAAGUUGUUGAUGGUCCUCCUCUACCUCCUCCUGAUGGUGAACCUCCUUAUGAUGGGCCUGAACACCACUCUAUGGGCAAACCUGGUGACGGCAUCAUCUACCUCAGCGACAUUGGCGAGCACGUCAAGCUCGACAAGCGUGGACGACCGUAUCGUGUUGGUCCAGAUGGUCGCAAAGAAGUACGAGGGUCACCAAGGCCAAAGAGCAGUUACAGCCCUGAAGAAUGGAGAGCACUAUCUGCUAAGGAGAGGGAUGCAAAGAUGGUGGCAAGGACGGUGCUGUCGGUGUGGGGACGCUCCGAGGAGAGUGGGAACGUAUAUCUACGCCCCACAAUCCGAUGA